AUGGAGUCACUACAACUGCAUUCUGAUGAAGCAGUGCGAACCAGACCCCAGCGGGAGAUACGGCUACCACAGCAUCUAGAUAACUAUGAAGUUGGAUAUCAACCUCCAGUUACAACCCCUUCUGCAGUCAUAACCCUGCCUGCAUCGACCACUACAGCUGAUCAUGGAGCAGCUGCAGUACCCAAACUGGUGGAACCAUCUCCACGUAGAGAGAAACCACACUCAUGCCGAAGCUCAGUGUCUUCUCACCACAGCAGGAAAUCCCAAUCCUCAUUUCACUCACUGUCCAAGGGCUCAACAGUCGAUGGGCUAUCCGAGCUGCAGAGUGCCAGGUUGGAGGAGAGAAUGAAGCGUAUGGAACUAGCAGAAGCACAGAGGCAAGUCAUGGAGCAGACCUUGGUUGACAAACAGUGCCUACUACUGGACAGACAAGCACGAGACGCCCUUAACGAGCAAGAGAUGGCACACAAGGCAAAAGAAGCUAUUUCCAAACAACAGAUACUGCAACGCCGACUGAAAGAGAAAGAUAUGGAAGUCGAGAGAGCGGCUCUAAUCACAUCAUUCCUGACCGAGGACGAGAUUACGAGCCCAUGCACCUCGAGGCCCCUGAGUGACUGUGAGUAUAACCACAAGCUCUUUGAGGGAGCUCUGCCUCUACCAACACACUCACACGGCCCCCCUGGUCUACUCCAUUCUACUCCCUACCUUCCUGCUCCAUCCCCACGCCAAACUUUGCUCCACUGCCAUCCCAAGUGCAGUUUCCUGUCCCACUCCCCCAAGCUCGAGUGCAACACAUGCCUCCGCCACAUCUACAGCCAGUGCCAAAGGAUACAAACAAUAUACCUUUUCCCACUCAGCAGCCCGUACAACCGCAUGUCACUGCACCUACCCCCAGCUUCAGAGGAGCAUCUGGCACAGAUCUGA